AUGCUUGAAGGUCUGGGCACUUAUGUAGAAACUAUUGAAGGGGGUUUGAAAAAAUAUAACCGAGAGCCAGAUCGUGAGUUUCGUUUAGAUCUGAAGAUAUCUUGUUUGGAUCCAAUUGAUGAUCUUCUACCAUCUUUCCCUGACAAGUUUGAUCUAAAUGUUUUUUGUAAUUGGGUAGAGAGAGUACAAUUAUGUUUUAGCUUUUUUUCUUUGUCAGAGACUGAAAAAGCCCAAGUUGUAGCCAGGGCAUUGCCACAAGAAGGAGAGGCUUUCAGAUGGUGGCAAGGUAUCCAAAAUGAAAGCAUGCAAGUCGAUGACCGCCAGUUUGAUUGGAGAGAGAUGAAGUUGCUGUUUUUGGCACAAUUCGUUUCUCCAAAAUGUUUGGAAGCCAACAACAAAUCCUUGUAA